GGCUCGUAAUUUCGCACGUGUACUCACUGUACUGUUCACAGGAAAACAAGAAUGAAAGUCAAGAGGAAAACAAAAAUGUUUUUUGGAUAGUGAACGUAUAAUAACUAAAAAUGUCCGUUGGAAAUGUUGAUCAUGACUCUAAAUUUGUAAAAAACGACGAAAAUUCACGUUAUCAAGAAAGAAAUGAGUGGGAACGAAAACCAUAUCAGAUAACAUACGAAGUGUUUGUUGGCCGAAUUCCUGGCGAGUGGACUUCGGACAAGUUGAGAGAAAUUUUUGAACCAUAUGGAGAAAUCAAAUCAAUUGACUUAAGACCAGGAGUAGAAUCAUUCCAUGGAUACCAGUAUGCGUUUGUUCGAUUUCCUAAAGAAGAAAUGGCUAAAUCAGCAGUAGACUCGCUUUCAUGUAACCCAAUUGAAAAUGUAAAUUUACAGAUAAGUCUUGGUCAAAUGAGAAAUUGCAACAAGGAUUAUAAGAAACGGCAAGGCUUUUCAGACUUAAGUCACCAUAGCAAAAAGACAUUUUUUCAACAAAAGCGACCCAAAAAUGAGUAUAGACGUGGCCAAGGCCAACAGAAUUAUGCUCAAAAUGAACAAAUGGAUUAUGGUGGUAGCCACGGGCCUUUAACAUCACCAUCACAGAAAUAUGAGCGCUUCAGAAGUCAUGAAAUUAUUGUAAGAGGACAAAAAAAUAAUUGAAUUUACCAUCUCUACUCUAAAAUAUGAACUGAUGACAUUUUUCUGUGUAGGCUGAACAAUAGAGAAUAAUGAAUGAACAAUAGAGAAUGAAAUCUUUAUACUACCUAAAACAGUUGCAACACACUAGGAGUAGGAGCUAAACCACCUAAUAAUUUUGAAAUCAAACCUUGCACCAGAUACCACAAAUGUCAUCUAUACUAUGAUGUAACUGUCAUGUCAAAGAAUGGCUAUUUGACCGACUUCUAUUCUAUACUUUUUUCAACCUUUAAA